AGUUCUCUAGGAGCCGAAGUCAGUUGGUGUUUGUCAGAAGCUCCGAUGAGAUUGUUUAUUGUGCUCAGUGUUUGCGUUGCGUUGGCUUCCGCUGGUUAUGGAGGCGGUGGUGGUGGUGCCUCAUCUACAGCAUCCGCGUCGGCUAGCUCCAGCGCCAGUGCGGGCGGCAAAUUUGGCGGCGGAGGCGGUGGAGGCGGCGGCUUGGACCUAGGUGGUGCAGGUCUUGGACUAGGACUUGGCGGCGGCCUGGGACUUGGCGGUGGCAAGCACGGUGGUGCAGGUCUUGGACUGGGUCUGGGAGCUGGAGCUGGAGGUGGUCCAUUUGGUGGUGGCGGCGGCGGCUAUGGAGGCGCUGGCGCUGGCGGUGGCGGCUCUUCUUCAGCUGGCUCCAGUGCAAGCGCUGGUGGACAUGGAGGCGGUGGACCUGGAUUUGGUGCGGGCGGCGGAGGUGCCGGACUGGGUGGCGGUCAUGGCGGUAGCGGUGGAUUCGGUGGUGGAUCAGCAGGUGGUGGCCAUGGAGGCGGUGGUGGUCUUGGAGGAAGCGGUUUCGGCAGUGGUGGCCUUGGAGGAGGCGGCUUCGGCAGUGGCGGCUAUGGUGGCGGUGGCUUCGCCGGUGGAUCAGCAAGCGGAUCAGCCGGAGGUGGUCAUGCAGGCGGUGGUGGUCUCGGAGGAAGCGGUUUCGGCAGCGGUGGCCAUGGAGGCGGUGGUGGCCUUGGAGGAGGCGGUUUCGGCAGUGGCGGCCAUGGAGGCGGUGGUGGCCUUGGAGGAGGCGGUUUCGGCAGUGGCGGCCAAGGAAGCGGUGGUUUUGCUGGUGGAUCAGCAGGAGCUGGUCAUGGAGGCGCUGGUUUCGGUAGUGGCGGCCAUGGAGGCGGUGGCGGCCUUGGAGGUGGUCUUGGCGGUGGACUAGGCGGCGGUGUUGGCCUUGGAGGCGGUGGCUACGCUGGUGGAUCUGCGGGCAGCGGCAUUGGAGGUGGUGCCCAUGGAGGCGGAGGACCCGGCUUCGGUGGUGGCAUUGGUGGCGGUAGUGCAGGUGCGUCAGCUGGUUCCAGCGCCAGUGGAGGCGCCAUUGGCGGUGGUCAUGGCGGCAUUGGCGGUGGUCAUGGCGGCCAUGGAGGCGGUGGUUUCUCCGGUGGACCAUUCGGUGGCGGCGCUCUUGGACUUGGAGGCAAGUUCGGUGGCGGCAAGUUCGGCGGCGGCUUUGGUGGUGGCGGCUACGGAGGUGGUGGCAAGCACGGAGGAGGCGGCGGUGGCUACGGUGGUGGUAAGUCUGGUGCUAGCUCCUCUGCAUCAGCAUCCGCAUCUGCCUCAGCCUCUGCAGGUGGCUACGGCCACGGAGUGCUAGUGCUUCGGUCGUCUCGAGCUCUCACUUACAGCAUAUAUAUUUGGGUGGCUCGGCUGUGGUCCAUCAGUCGCACCGUCACCUGCAAAGAAAACACGAACGAUAUGAAGACCCUUAUUGUACUUGCCCUGCUGAUAGCUGCCGCGUCGGCGCUGCCACAAUUCGGAUUUGGUCGUCCUGGAUUUGGUGGCCCAGGAUUUGGCGGUGGAUAUGGUGGAUUUGGCGGUGGAUAUGGUGGAUUUGGCGGUGGAUAUGGUGGCCGCCCUGGAUUUGGUGGCGGAUUCGGUCCCGGCUAUGGUGGAUUUGGAGGCCGCCCUGGAUUUGGUAGUCCUGGAUAUGGUGGAUUUGGCGGUGGCCCUGGAUUUGGCGGUGGCCCUGGAUUUGGCGGUGGCCCCGGAUUCGGUGGAUUCGGUGGUGGUCCCGGAUUCGGUGGUGGAUUCGGAGGCCCUAGUGCUGGAUUCGGUGGCCGCCCCGGCGGAUUCGCUGGUGGUCCCGGAUUCGGUGGUGGUCCCGGAUUCGGUAGUGGAUUCGGAGGCCCUAGUGCUGGAUUCGGUGGUCGUCCAGGCGGUCCAGGCCGUCCAGGCGGCUUCGGUGGUGGUUUUGGAGGUCCUGGUGGCGGUAGCUCCAGUGCGAAUGCCAAUGCUGAUGCAAGUGCCACAUCCACUGGCGGUGGUGGUCGCUUCGGUGGUGCCGGUGGUGCCAGUGCCAGUGCCACCUCUUCGGCCAAUGCCAAUUCCAGCGGUCGUUUCGGCGGCAAUGCCAAUGCUUCCUCCUCCUCCAACGCCUCGGCCAARGGCGGUGGUCUCGCCAAUGCCUCAUCCAGCUCCUCUGCCAGUGCCCGCGGUUGAGCUUCAACGAAAGGACAUCUUCAGAGCCGUGCCGAAUUGAACAGAUUUUUAAAGUGAUUUAGCUUAUUUAUAUUUAUAAAAUAA